CCGUCCCGUCGCCGUCUGAUCCGCCGCCGCCGCCGCCUACGCCAUGCUGACCUCCGAGCCCACCAUGCGUCCUCUCCUUGUCAAGAAGCUCUCCAAGAACGCCCAGCUGCCCAAGCGCGGCUCGCCUGGCGCGGCCGGCUACGACCUCUACAGUGCUGCCUCGAUGUCGAUCCCUCCCCGCAGCCGUGCUGUUGUCCCGACCGACAUUGCCAUCGCCCUGCCUCCCGGCACCUAUGGCCGUGUCGCUCCCCGUAGCGGCCUUGCCGUCAAGCACUUUAUCGACGUUGGCGCUGGCGUCGUCGACUCGGACUACCGCGGCACCCUCGGCAUCGUGCUCUUCAACUUUGGCGAGCAAGAGUUCAAAAUCGAGCAAGGCGAUCGCAUUGCCCAGCUGAUUCUGGAAAAGAUCGAGAUUGCUGAUGUUCAGGAAGUCGAGGAACUCGACGACACCGAGCGCGGCGAGGGUGGCUUUGGCUCAACCGGUGUCAAGAAGCUGAAGGAGAGCGACGUCUGAGCGCAGCAGCUUCAAACGGCUUCUGGGCAAUGCUUGAGACCAGCCUGAUUGUCUCUUGUCUCCUUUGGCUUCGCCCAUGCUUCCAUUACCCUUUCAACCCCUGGUUGCACUCUUCCAUUCUCAUCUUGCAUAUCUGCACAUCUCCCCGCUCCAAUAAAGUACCUCGCAGCUCACGGCUCACUUGGGCAUGA